CACUGUCAGCAUGGCAGCCGACGCUGAGACCACAACGCGCGUUUUCUUUGAUGUACAGAUCGCUGGAGAAAAUGCUGGUCGGAUUGUCUUUGAAUUGUUUACCAAAGAGGUACCCAAAACAGCAGAAAAUUUUCGUGCUUUGUGUACAGGCGAGAAAGGUGUUGGAGAAACUACAGGGAAGCCACUCUACUUCAAAGGAUGUCCAUUCCACCGCAUCAUAAAGGGUUUCAUGAUCCAAGGAGGAGAUUUCUCCAACCAAGAUGGGACAGGCGGUGAGAGUAUUUAUGGUGAUAAGUUUGAAGAUGAAGGAUUCCAUUUUAAGCAUGACAAGCCAUUUUUGUUGAGCAUGGCAAAUGCAGGAGCUAACACCAAUGGUUCCCAGUUCUUCAUCACGACUGUGCCCACUCCACAUCUUGAUGACAAACAUGUCAUCUUCGGUAAAGUCAUUAAGGGCUUUAACGUUGUCCGUGAACUGGAGCACACAGAAACAGGAGAGAAUGACCGACCCGCACAGCCGUGUGUGAUAUCUGAUUGUGGGGUGUUGCCUGAUGGGAAGGAUGAGAAUCUCACAGAGGAUGAUGGGACAGGAGAUGUGUAUGCAGACUGGCCAGAGGACUCCGACAUUGACUUUACAAAGGUAGAAAACAAGGAUAAAAUUGUUGAGCUGGCCAGUGAGGUACGGAAAAUAGGCAAUGAUUUAUUCAAAACUCAGCAGUAUGCAAAGGCAAAGAAGAAGUAUGAAAAAGCACUAAGAUAUCUGGUUCUGCUGAACAAGCAUGGUCAACUUGACCAGGCUGAACUGAGGAGGCUGGAGGACACACAUUAUCUGUUCAUCCAGCUCAAUGUGGCCUUGUGUUUGUAUAAACUAGGUAACUUUCCCAGUUGUUUGGAACGAUGUGAAGAGGCUCUGGAUAUAGAUCCUAACAACGCCAAGGCUCACUUCCGCAAGGGUCAGGCUCUGCACGCUCUGCAAGAUUGGGACAAGGCUCUGCAAGCACUGAACAAAGCCAAAACACUGGAACCAGAUGAUAAAGGCAUCGUUAAGGAGAUCGAGAAAGUCAAAAAAACAAUUACAGAGUACAACAAUAAACAGAAGAAGCUUUAUGCCAAGAUGUUCUAGAUUGGGACAGCAGAAGAAACAUUCAGCCUCAUUCAGAUCGUGGUGGGAUGGGCAAACGAAGGAUAAAUAGAGCAGAUGUGACCAGGAAUGCUUAAUCUUGUGAUCAGACUGUGAAGAACCGAUUAUGGAGACAUAGUGUUGAAGUGCCAGGAUGGGAUUGUCUGUUUAAAGUGCCACGGAUUACAGUGAGAUUGACACGUACGUGUCUCAUUUUGUGUCACAAAGUCAAGGAUAUAUGAUGAUUCAUAACAGUAAGCGUAAACUUUGGUUUGGAGAAUGAGGGCUUUUGUUUGGAGAAUAAGGGCUUGGCGCAGAAGAUUUAGCAGAUAUUUAAUGGGUGAUUGAGACCUAUGUGUAGGUCGAUUAUUACAGACCGAUGUUGCUUUGUUGCCUAUGAAAUCUUUCCAAGUCAUGAACAAAUAUUUCACAGAAAUGGUAGCUUUUGCUGCUCUUGUUGUGGUUAAGUGCUUGGUGGUGAACCUGUGAACAAUGGACCAUUUACAUUUAACUGUCAUGUUUUGUUUAGACCUUUGUUGUAGUGACCUAAUUUCGUGGAACAUUCCUAUAAGAGAUAUCAGCCAUUAUGUAAAGUCCACUAUUGUCCAACAUUAUCACAAAGUCACAGACCUUAAUUAGCAGAAAAUCUUGUACAUAGCCCAUUUCAUAUAUGGAACUUUGAGUCCAUUAAGAAUUUUUGAAUUUACCAUUCUUAACGGUGAUGUGGGUAUGUGAAUGUCCUUAUGCAAUGUGAAAUAUACUGUUGAAAGGACUUCAAGAGAAAGAAAAUUGGUCUUUUGUUAAUACAGGUAAAUUUAUGACUGACCAAUAGUUUCUUAAUUAAUUUGCGGCGAAGAUUUUUGGGUUUGACUUCGCCAAGUUCCAUUUUGGCAAAAAGAAGCUUGGUAGGACUGACCACAGUUAAGUCAGGGUGACUGGAGAAAACUCCGCCAUGGUGAUCAAAGGUCCAAACCUGGAACGUAAAUAGCGAAAAUGAUGUGCCAGUUUUGGAAGGAUGAUUAGAUUAUUUGGUUAUCUUUUCGGUCACUUAAUGCGAUUUGAAGCAAACAAACUUACACUCACAGCUUCCCCUUAACUACAGCACCACUUCCUUUCCUGUAAUAUUCAAAGACAGAAGAAUGAUUUAGGACAGGUGAUAGUUUUGUGCAUCUCUGAGCAGAUCAGAAGGUCUGUCGUUCGUCGUUAACACAGAAAAAGAAAAUUUUGGACUGAAAUAAAAUAUCUUACAAUAAAACUGAUCAGACAAAUGGUCCAAACUUUAUGAAAAGGUAUGUAAGCCUUCAUAAAAUCAAAAUGACACAGCACCAUAUUCCACUGGCAUGUUCAGUGCCUAUUCGGUCAAAGGUCCAUACCCAUGUUUGAAUCGAAACUAGGUUGAAGAAUAAAACUCGUCUGCAAUUUUACAGACUUUAGUGUUUUCUCAGAAUCUGUCACCCAUGGUUGGAGUAAAGAGUUGGAUUCUUCAUGAGGUCUUUCACCCUGGAAUGGAGCUUUGUGCUUGGAUGGUAGCCGGGGGAGCACCAUU